AUGGUCAGACUGAGCAACCUUGACAUCUUUAUGUUCCACUCGAUCCAAGGUUUUCAGAGAAGAAAGCAGCCCUCUAGAUGUAUGACUGUGUGUCUCGGAUUUCUGUGUGCUGUCCUGUUGGCUGAUGAGAUAAUCAGCCGUCCCGCGUCAGCAGACCCAACGCAGGCCAAUUACAGCACUCCGACUCAAGAUCGACUGCAGAGCGGAUGUGAUGCCUUAGCUGCAGAGAGAAAACACUACAGUUCAUUGUGGAAAGACAAAGAACAAUUGCAAACCAUUUAUAAAACUCAGCGGCAGGAAAAAGAGCAGUUGCAGACCAAUUACAGCAGUUUGGUUGCAGAUAGAGAUCAGUUAGCGAAGAAGAUCGACAAAGUAAGAAGAAAACCCUGUCAGAGAAGCUGGAGGAAGUUUGACAUCAGCUGUUACUUUUUUUCAAAUGUGAAGAAAAACUGGACAUUAGCCAGAAAAGACUGCAUUUCCAAGGGGGCAGAUCUGGUCACCAUAGAGAGCAAGGAUGAACAGGAAUUUCUUAGCGGGUCUCUGGAAGCAGGACAAAAUGCCUGGAUUGGUCUGACGGACAGUGUUAAAGAGGGGACUUGGAUGUGGGUGGAUGGGACCCCAGUCACCACAGCGUACUGGCAGCCUGGGCAGCCCAACAGCUUCAAUGGGAACCAGGACUGUGGAGAACUGGUGCCCAAAACGAAAGUGGGAGAAUGGAACGAUGAUGGCUGUUUUGCUGAACAGCACUGGAUCUGCGAGAACUAA